UCGUAGUGUCCUGAAGUAAAUAAAUACAGCUGAUUUUUGAAGGCCUAUCAGAGGAAUAGAAGACUCUCACUGCCUUUAAUAAUAAGAACAGCAGAAGCAAUGCGCGUGACGUGAUGGCUUAAUUGAUUGGUGUGGUCAGUCAGUAUGCCAUGUGGAAUAAGGACCUGAUGGAAAACCGAAUAUCCCUCCUAGCGGUGUUUGCCCUGGUGGUUACAGGAGUUUGUGGGUCAGACCAACCAAAUGUGUUGUUGAUAGUUGUGGAUGACCUGCGACCUGUCCUUGGUUGCUAUGGUGACUCACUGGCCAUCACUCCAAACAUAGAUGCCCUCGCCCAUGAUUCCACAGUCUUCACCCGAGCAUAUGCACAGCAAGCUCUCUGUGGUCCAAGCCGCACCUCUUUUCUCACCUCACGCCGACCAGACACCACUCGGCUGUAUGACGUUCACUCCUACUGGCGGAGACACGCUGGAAACUUCACUUCACUACCUCAAUACUUCAAGGAAAAUGGCUAUCACACUGCUUCAGCUGGCAAGAUUUUUCAUCCUGGGAUUGUAAGCAACCACAGUGACGACCAACCCUACAGCUGGUCCGAGACACCGUACCACCCCCCAACACAGGCACACAAGCAGGAUCCGGUCUGCCUGGGCCCUGAUGGCUCCCUCCACACCAGCAUAUAUUGCCCAGUGCAGGUGGAGGAACAGCCCGGUGGAUCACUGCCGGAUAUUGAAACCACCCGAUACUCUGUGUCGUGGCUCAAGAAGUGGGGCAGGGAGGCGGCAGCACAACCCUUCUUCCUUGCUGUCGGCUAUCACAAACCACACAUUCCUCUUAAGUUUCCAAAGCAGUUCUUAGAUCUAUAUCCAAUAUCAUCUGUGCCCUUGGCUCCGAACCGGUGGCUGCCCAAGGGCCUUCCACCUGUGGCCUGGAACCCGUGGAAUGACUUGAGGUGGCGUGCGGACAUAGCAGCCCUGAACGUCUCCUUUCCCUACGGACCAAUGCCUGAUUUCUAUGCUAGGUACAUCAGGCAGGGCUACUAUGCUGCCACCUCCUAUACUGACUCCCUCAUUGGUGAACUUUUAGCAACGGUCAACCACUUGUUCCCUGACACCAUCAUUGCUUUCAUUGGCGAUCAUGGAUGGUCUCUUGGGGAGCAUCAAGAGUGGUCCAAGUUCAGCAAUUUUGAAGUGUCUACACAGGUGCCCUUCAUCAUCAGGAACUGGAGGAGGAGGACUCAUAAUAACACAGCUGGCCACGGGACAUAUCAUCAUCCACAGAGUUUCAAUCAGCCUGAAUAUUCUGGAAAUGGUCACUCAGCAUAUGAACAUGUUUCCUCUAGAAUGGGAUGUGAAUCUGUGCCACCAAAAUCUGUCAAAUGUUCAAAAAGAAAGGCAGUGGAGUACAGUGGUCUAGUAGAACUGGUUGACCUCUUUCCCACUCUGGUUGACCUAGCUGGACUGCCUAUUCUCCCACAGUGCCCCAAAGACUCAAGUCAGGUCAGAGUCUGUACAGAAGGAAUGAGUCUUAGUCAUGUGGUGCAGAGAAGCCUACAGACACUAAACUCAAACACAAAACACAGCACCCACAGAAGCACAAAUUCUUGGGAUGUUAUGACCAAUGAAAUUUUAAUAAAUCCUUCAGAGUCCAAUAAAGAAAACAGCAUUUGGUCUAUAGGAAGAGAACACAUGGCAGAAACUACAGGGGUCAGGCACAGAGAUCACACUGUAGGUAGAUCCAUGCCCUUGAGUGUGGAAACUAGUAAAGCAGAACCCCAACAAAUGCACCAGAAAAUAAUUGAUUUACUGGAAACUGAACGGUAUUUUAAACCUGCCACAUAUGCAGAAAAGAAAGCAGUGUUCAGUCAGUACCCACGGCCUGGACCCACACCUUCCCGCAACCCUGACAGUGACCAGCCACACACACGAGACGUCACCAUCAUGGGCUACUCGAUAAGAACUCAUCGCUUCCGCUACACUGCAUGGCUGAAGUUUAACAACCAAACGUACAGGCCAGAUUACAAACACAUAGUAGCAGAGGAGCUUUAUGACCACAAGACGGACCCACAAGAGGAUCAUAAUGUGGCAGGGAAGAGAUUCUACACCCGACAUAAGAGAGAAGUGUACUCCAUGCUGGUCAGAGGAUGGAGGGAGGCUGUGAGGUAUAGCUAGGUGAUAGAUCUCUCUCUUCACCUGACACUUGUAUUUGCUCAAGUGUAUGUAUGUGUGUGUUUAUGCAUGUUUGACUCUGUAUUAUCUCUUAUCAUUCAUUGGAUGGUCUUUGCUGGUGCUAAUCUGUCUAUUCAGUCGAUAACAAUGAACUUUUAAUAUCCUCGUGAUUUCUUCUAGGUGUACGUAAGUAUCUUUAAUGGCAAGCCAUAUGCGUACUUAGUAAAAAAAUAAAUGAAUGUGAUUUUA